AUGGCGGAGGGUGCAGGAGUUGUGCGACUCAUCAGGGAAGCAAAGUUAGACGACGCCGAGCCUGUCGCCACAAAAUCAAUUGCACAGGACCACAGCGGCCCCAAGCGACGGCCUGUUCUAGACGAAGACCUGCUGCAGUUGCUCCAAGCGCCAACGAGCUUUCGGGUCGUCGAUAUUGCAAGCCUCUACCCUGGCCAAGUCUGCAGCCACGAUGACCUGGCGGCGGUUCCCUCCAUCAUGCCGAUGACUGGAGAGAUCUCCCUGAAAGACAUUCAGAUGCUCAUCAGCAUCAACAGCCCAAUCCUGCGUGACUCCUCAAUGAUGGACUUCUACCGAGACGCGCAGACCAUGGACGAUGGAGAUUUCUCUGACAGGCUUGCCAGGGCCGUAGGCAGGAGUGCAGAGUUCCGCAGCUACUGCAACGCUCGCACGAAUCUUCACAACCGCAAAAUCCCAGUGCUGCUGACCAAGACUCUCUCCAAUGGCUGCUGGGCCUUCCUCUUCCUGCACGCGAACGACUACAGCAGCGGCCGCUGCGUUGUGGCGGCAGCCAAUGACUGGCACUUCCGAUGGAGCCUGAUGCACGAGGCGAUGGCCGCCAGAUUUGGCCAGCCGCCGCCGGGAGCAGGCAACGCCCCCGGCAAGGCGCCCGCCGCUACGAGUCCGCCGCCGCCGCGAACCGUACCUGCUACGGGAGCCGCCGCACCGUCGGAUGACUGGGUGUAUAUUGACUCAAAGCCUGACUCUGAGGGAGAGGGCAAACAGAGGCCCUUCAUUCCUGGAUUCCUUCGCAGAGAUUUGCCUCCAGUCCGUGAGGAGGGUGCCACAUUGGCUGAUGUGGCGGCGCCUCCCGCUGAUGUGGCGGGUGAUGUGGUGGGACCCCACACAGAGCCGAAACCAGCCGCAGUAAAGAAGGGCCUUGAGCAAAUCGUGCCUGAAGAGGCGUCUGCUGUCCAGACAAUUGAGGCGCCGCGUGAUGCAAGUGACAUUUCCUCAGCAUGGGAAAUGCUCACAUUCAAUGAAACCAGGAAGUACGAGCUUCUGGCAAGGCAGAUGUCGCAGCGCAAGCAGGGGGACGAUGGCUCGAGCGAUGACUGUUUGCCGGAGGACAAGUUCAGAGAUUGCCUCCCCAGAAACCGCUGCGGCAAACUGCCGAGUGUAUCCAGCAAAGCUGACAGCCCGAAUAAAUCCUCUCCAGCAGCCUCCUCCCAAGGCGCAGCUGAGGAUAGUGCACAGGCAGGGAGCAAGGAGCCGGAGGAAGCUUCAGGGGGAGCUGCACCCUCGCCUCAGAUUACGGCCAAGAGUGCUGCGACUUCGGUGAGCGAGCGCGCGUGGGAAGCUUCCAAGGCAGCUUCAUCCGCAGCAGAAGACUUUGUCACCAUGCAGAUUAAGUUGACCCCUGACAGCACUGCAGCAAUCGGGGUCGUCGUGCGGAAGCACACUGCUGAGUCAUCUGCGCCAAGUGAGGCUGCAGCUGCAAAGCCAGGAUUCUCGCUUGCCACCGAGCCAGAUCAGGCGUCUCCUGCACCGCGCAAAGAUCGACAGAUCGCUAGGCUGAGGGAAGCUGUGGAUGGGUGGUUUGGCACAUACAAGGCGCCACCUAAACAGGACUACGAUGACUCAUGCGAUGACUCAGAGGAUGACUACGAGCCCAUGCGGUACAAUCCCCCCAGCCGCCGCCGCAACCGGACCAGCACGGCCCACCCACGUGUCACCUCCCUUCCUGUGGCUUCCUCCCGAGGCGCGGCCGAGGAAGCUGCGCCGGCACGCAGCAAGUCCAAGGAAGCUUCCGCAGCAGCUUUCUUCAUUGCUGCAUCGGCGGCCAGCAAGAGCGCAGUGGCAGCUUCCGAGGCAGCUUCCAUCACAGCUGCAUCGGCAGCCAGCCAGACCGCAGAGAAAGCUUCCGAGGCAGAUUCCUCAAAGGCAGACUCACUGGAGCUCACCUCUGAUGAAUCAGUGUCAGGCGCAGAGACACUGUUCACCCCUAGAUAG